AUGCUUUUUUUGAGUCUUGGAGUUUUGACCCAGCUACAGACUGUUUUUGCCCAAGCAGACAGCGUUGGGGGCACGCUAGCCAUCCCUAUCAAGGGUAAACGCAGUGCUUCUGCGCCAUUGCCCCGGCUAGAACACCUGGAGAGGCGGGCGGAUUUACCCGAGCUCGCGCUAAUCAACCAGCUGACCUUUUAUCAGGCAACCCUUGAAAUUGGCUCUCAAAAGGAGCAGGUUCAGUUCACCAUCGAUACCGGGUCCUCCGACUUGUGGGUCAUGUCCCCGGAUAACCCUCUGUGCGCUCAAGACGAUGAGCAGAUCCAGCAAAACAACCUUCCCAACUGCUCUGCUCCAAUCACGUUUGAUUAUUCUGCUUCUAGCUCUUUCAGCAAGAACCAGUCUUCUGUGUACUAUGGCCAGUACGCUGAUGGCACGGUCGCUCAAGGAUUUUACGCUCAGGACACGGUCGUGAUUGGUCAGUCCACAGUCAAGAAUGCAAACUUCGCUGUUGCCACAAAUACCAACGUCAGCCAGCCUGUUUUUGGCAUCGCCUCAGUUAACGAUGAAGCCUCAGUUUCGAACCAGGACCCUACUACCUACGCAAACAUCCCUGUCCAACUCAAGGAACAAGGGUUUACCCAAGCUGUCGCCUACUCUCUCUGGCUCAAUGACCUCAAUGCUUUAGAAGGGUCGAUCUUAUUCGGCGGAGUUGAUCAUGAGAAAUAUGUUGGUGACCUACAGCUUGUUCCUAUGGUGACCUUCACUUCCGAUGGUCAACAGGUUAACCCUCCCAUUCUUCCUUUCGUUAUGCUUCAUGGUGUGUCUGUAUACAACAAUAAAAACAUGGCUGCUACUAUUGCAGAGUGUUCUCUUCCUGUCGCUCUUGAUUCUGGUACAUCUUUGGCUUAUUUGCCCUCCGACAUUAUCGAUGCUAUCGGUCAAUCCAUUUCUGCGACUCCCUUGAAUAACCUAGGCAUUUACGGUGCCUACUGUGAUCUAAGCGGUGGUCUUAUUUGGAAUUUUAGUGGUGUUGAGAUUUUCACUCCGUUCUCUCAACUCCUUUAUCCUCUUGUCACAACCUCUAACGAGCCGGCAACGUACAAGGGCCGCCCUAUUUGCGGUCUCAACAUUAUGCCUAGCGAGAGCUUGUUCCUUCUUGGCGACUUAUUUUUGCGUAGUGCUUAUGUUGUUUUCGACUACGAAAACUACCAGGUUGCCAUCGCAAAUACCAACUUCAACUCUACUGAGAGUGACAUUUCCACCAUCUCUGGAGGCGUCUCUGCCACCUCUGCUGCAAGCUAUAGCUCGACUUCUUAUGUCGUGAAUGUUAAAACCACUGUCGCGACUAGCUUCACUUCGUCUAUUCAGACUCCAAGUGAGACUAACGGUGCUGGUGCUACUGGUAGAGAGGAUCCAGGUAUCACUACUGGAAACACCAUCAAUGGUGGCCCACAGGCAACACUGAAUCCUCUGAGCCAGGGUUCACAAAACAGUGGUAGCGCCGGCGCGUCCGGCUCUGCAACAAGGUCGUCUUCACACCCAGGCUCAAGCUCAAGUUCAAGCUCUUCUAAGAACAAGAACGCAGCUCCGACUAGCAGCACACCUUCAAUUGCUGCGCUCUUUAUGUUUUCCAUUUGGGCCAUGUUCUAG